UAAAUACACUUCAGUGAACAGAAGAAAUCAAAUAAAAUCAAAAUGAGAUUAUUUGCAUUAUUGGCCGUAGUGGCCUUUGUUGGCCUCGCACUUGGUGACGAGAAAAAAGAUAAGGACAUUGGCACAGUCAUUGGUAUUGAUUUGGGUACCACCUACUCUUGUGUUGGUGUUUACAAAAAUGGACGUGUUGAAAUUAUUGCCAACGAUCAAGGUAACCGUAUCACCCCAUCCUAUGUUGCCUUCACCGCCGAUGGUGAACGUUUGAUUGGUGAUGCUGCCAAGAAUCAAUUGACCACAAAUCCUGAAAACACCGUAUUCGAUGCUAAACGUUUGAUUGGUCGCGAAUGGUCCGAUACCAAUGUCCAACAUGACAUCAAAUACUUCCCCUUCAAGGUUGUCGAAAAGAACUCCAAGCCACACAUUAGCGUUGACACAUCCCAAGGCAAGAAGGUCUUUGCCCCCGAGGAAAUCUCUGCUAUGGUCUUGUCGAAAAUGAAGGAAACCGCUGAAGCCUACUUGGGCAAGAAGGUUACCCACGCUGUUGUCACUGUACCCGCUUACUUCAACGAUGCCCAACGUCAAGCCACCAAAGAUGCUGGCGUCAUUGCUGGUUUGAAUGUUAUGCGUAUCAUCAACGAACCUACCGCCGCCGCCAUUGCCUACGGUUUGGACAAGAAGGAAGGUGAAAAGAAUGUCUUGGUCUUCGAUUUGGGCGGUGGUACCUUCGAUGUCUCCUUGUUGACCAUUGAUAACGGUGUCUUUGAAGUCGUCUCAACCAACGGUGACACUCACUUGGGUGGUGAAGAUUUCGAUCAACGUGUCAUGGAUCACUUCAUCAAGUUGUACAAGAAGAAGAAGGGCAAGGAUAUCCGCAAGGACAACCGUGCCGUCCAAAAAUUGCGUCGUGAAGUUGAAAAGGCCAAGCGUGCUUUGUCCAGUGCCCAUCAAGUCCGUAUUGAAAUUGAAUCCUUCUUCGAAGGUGAAGACUUCUCUGAAACCUUGACCCGUGCUAAAUUCGAAGAAUUGAACAUGGACUUGUUCCGUUCCACCUUGAAACCCGUUCAAAAGGUCUUGGAAGAUGCUGACAUGAACAAGAAGGAUGUCCAUGAAAUUGUCUUGGUUGGUGGCUCCACUCGUAUCCCCAAGGUCCAACAAUUGGUUAAGGACUUCUUCGGUGGCAAGGAACCAUCCCGCGGUAUCAAUCCCGAUGAAGCUGUUGCCUACGGUGCUGCUGUACAAGCUGGUGUCCUCUCUGGUGAACAAGAUACCGAUGCUAUUGUCUUGCUCGAUGUCAACCCCUUGACCAUGGGUAUUGAAACUGUUGGUGGUGUCAUGACCAAAUUGAUUCCCCGCAACACUGUCAUCCCAACCAAGAAAUCUCAAAUCUUCUCCACCGCUUCCGAUAACCAACACACCGUCACCAUCCAAGUCUACGAAGGUGAACGUCCCAUGACCAAGGAUAACCACUUGUUGGGCAAAUUCGAUCUUACCGGCAUUCCCCCAGCUCCUCGUGGCAUUCCUCAAAUCGAAGUCAGUUUCGAAAUCGAUGCCAACGGUAUCUUGCAAGUCAGUGCUGAAGACAAGGGCACCGGUAACAAGGAAAAGAUUGUCAUCACCAAUGACCAAAACCGUCUCACCCCCGAAGAUAUCGAACGUAUGAUCCACGACGCCGAGAAAUUCGCCGAUGAAGACAAGAAACUCAAGGAGAAGGUUGAAAGCCGCAACGAAUUGGAAUCCUAUGCCUACAGUCUCAAGAACCAAAUCGGUGACAAGGAAAAACUCGGUGCCAAGUUGAGCGAAGACGAAAAGGUCAAAAUGGAAGCUGCCAUCGAUGAAUCGAUCAAAUGGUUGGAAACCAAUGCCGAUGCUGAUCCCGAAGAAUACAAGAAACAAAAGAAGGACUUGGAAGCCAUUGUCCAACCCAUCAUUGCCAAGUUGUACCAAGGCACCGGUGGUGUCCCACCCACAGACAGUGAAGACAGCGAUGACUUGAAGGAUGAACUGUAAAUCGUUCCACUCAGCGAUAUAUAGGUUCUAGUUCUAGUUUAGUUGUAGUUCGCAGUUUAGUUAAAGAAAAAACAAAAACAAACAAGCAGACUGA